AGUCUUAUUUUCGUUUGUCCACAAAAAUUGUAUGUUUUCCUUUUUUGUGAAAAACUCUCCAAUUCUGGUUGUCUUUUUCAAUGAAAAUUAGAGCGAAUGCACAUUCCACAUAUGAAACAAGUUAUUUCUCAUGAUAAAAAACAUAUUUCAGUGGCAUUAAUCUUGGCAUGGCUUCUCGUUGGUUCAUUGUCUCUCUGGUUUUAUCGCUAUGCACUAAUCUCUCUACAGCCGACGUUUUCCUCAGCAUCGACUGCGGAUCGUCGUCGCCGUACACAGACAACAGCGGGGUCGCUUGGGUGGGCGACGACGAAUACGUGAAGAGCGGCGAAUCCCGUUCCAUCAAGCCUCUGAAUUCCAUCUCCCACGUAGCGGACACCCUGCGGGUGUUCACUACGCGGAACAAGAACUGCUACCACAUCGACUCCGUGAAGCCGGGGCGCGUGCUAGUACGCGCGAGCUUUUACUACGGGAACUACGACGGUAAGAAUUCGCCUCCCACGUUUGCUCUCAGCUUCGACGGGAACGUCUGGACUACUGUCCAGACGUCGAAUACCUCAUACUACUACUAUGAGGUGACUUAUGUAAUGAAGAGGGACUCCAUUAGCGUAUGCCUUGCUCAGACAGAAGCAGAGCAGUUCCCCUUCAUCUCAGCUCUUGAAGUGCGCAGGUUGGAGAAGUAUAUGUAUAUGCAUGUCGAUGACGGCUAUCCGUUGUUCGUGUGGAAACGCGUUGCUUUUCGGCUCAAAUACCGUUUUCGGGUUCCCAGACGAUCCCUACGACAGACUAUGGGGUGUUGGAGUUUAUGCGAAUGGGUCGAUCCCCGUUACGGGUGAAGCCGUCUUCAGUGAUUUGCCAUCGCCGUUUGAUCGUCCGCCGGUUGCGG